CACAAAAUUAAUCGAUUUCGUGGUAAGAAGCUAUAAAAUACUCCAGAUUCGUUGGUUAAUAAUUGUACUUGAACGGUGCUAAUGAGCUCUAUGGCAGCAACAGUUCUAGACCCCGAGCCCUCGCAAAAUUCACCGCUGCCGGUAGCUUGACUUGAUAAAUUAUGGAGAAUGAUGAUCUUCCACCCUCUGGAAGGCCACCAAUGGCUUCCAAUCCGGCUCGUCCUCCUCUCAUCCGCCGCAAUGCCCAGGAUCAGGUUCCUUUGACUAUUGAAGCGCGAACUCAAGCUGUCGAGGUUCUUGUAGCGCAAGCCAGCGAAUUUCUUCAGAAUUUUGUGACGCAGGAACGUGAUAGAGAGUCUCAAUUGCAGCUCGAGGCUCUCGAAGAUGCUGAGGUUGAUGAAGAAACUAUACAAGCGGAACACAAUGCUCUGGUUGCUGAGCAGAACCAAUAUUACGUGCAAUACCAAGCUAAUCGAGCUGCCGAGGCUGCUCGAGCCUCGGAGGGUUCUCAACAGUUCGAUGCUGCUGCUAUUUAUGCUCGAGUUGAGCGGGAAUAUGCUGCUGCGAGGGCCUUGCCUUCCCGCGUUGAACGCACCAGGCUUGAGGAGCUUGCUUGGUCCUACCGUCAUCUUGACCUCGAAAGUAUGAUCCGAUAUAUGCGUGACGUCCAAUCAAUUCCCCGGGCUUCAGUCGCGAGCAGCAGCUCCAGUGCAAGACGUCCAAAUACCCCACGCCCGGAUAUCCUACGCCCGGACACCCCACGCCCGGACACCCCACACCCGGAUACCCGGCGUCCGGAUACUUUCCGACUAGUAUCCUCACGCAUUGCGUGGUCAACUCAUUACACGAAAUACGUGCGUUUCGACCAUUAUUAUUAUGUUGCCCCUUCCACUGCUUCUCGCCGACACGCUGUCAAUCGUCUCGUACCAGUUCAAGAAGAAGAGACAGAAGAAGUAGGCCAGAGAUUUGAAAUCAUCCAAAUUGGAACUCAAUUCGCCGAAAAUGGAGAGAGGGUACUCGCGGCGGACUCAGAGGUAAGCAUUGAAAUUGUCAAUUUUUAAUUGCUUUUUGUUGUCGAUACCACAUAUUCCCCAAAUGUCAAGUCUAUAUUUCAUUUUAUUUCAUCUAUUGUAUUUCCUUUGAUCGUUGUUCUAUUCUCUUGAAUGAAGGAACAACAAGCCAGUGAGCCCUUCUUCAAUUAGUAAAUCAGUCCAUUUAUCUUUGUUUAUUUUGUGAAUCAGCUUAUGAAUUGCUAUCUUCUAGCAGCAUCUCAUGUACUCAAUUUUUGAGACCAAUUUUCUCUACUGAUUUAAUAGAUACGGAGCUAAUGGAGCCAAUCUUGGAAAGGCGAUACAAUUAUUAGGAGGUCCAG